UGACAUCCACGCGGGGGAGUUGCUGAACGCGAAAGUACUGAUCUGAAGCAGGUCGUGUCCGUGGCUCAGUUGGCGCGAGGACAAGGAAUAUGUAAGGGCAGAGGGGAUGAGCCAAAGCAAGUUUCUGAUUCGUCCUGGCCCAGUGGAAGCUCCGGUCCGGUCCGGUCGUUAAAGUCGCGCAGCAGUCGAAACAUUGGAGAGAUCAUGACUAGUACUCCUUUGAUUUGCACAGGCGCGCAUUCUCGUCAUCUCAAAAGUAUGCGUUCUGGAGAUUUCGUGGAUUGAUAGGAACACUCGAGCAAUGCGAUCCUCCACCCAUAGACCUGGACGCGCUUCUUCUGGUUUAGUUCUCGUCGGGAGCUCUUGAAAUCGGGUCCACCGUGCGCUCCGGAGUAGUACGCCAGAUAGAGAAAGAAGGUCACGCGUUUGGAGUGUUGAACUCAGGGAAUGGCACGCUUGGUUUGAGGAAGCUACUCUGCAGGUGUAAUCGGCACGAGGAAGAAGAGGAGGCGCAGCGCGCUAGGUUUUUUCCUUCGGGCGACGGCUGCAGAGGUUUCUACGGACAGAACAGAAAAUCAUAAAGUUUCGACUUCGCAAAUUUGGGAACGUAGGAGGAGCUGAUUGUAUGGGAUUAAGAACAUUCGAUCGUGACAAUCUAGAGUGGCCGACGCGUCAACCACGGCUCACAUCGAGCGACAGUAUAGCGACGUUUAGCACAGCUUUUGGAAGUCUCUGCCAGAUGGUACUAGCCAGGACUUCUCUUGACCUCCAUGACUCGAAAAGCAGGCAAAGAAGUCAGUGAAUUUGGUCGUGUGCCACUACGUCUAUCUAUCGAAUCGUUGUGCAAUAGAUAUUCGUUCGACGCGUUCGCUCUCAACAAACUUGACGACAUCUCAAUUUUCUUCGCAGUGUGCACUGAAUUAUAGGAUCCGUCGACAUGCGGUAAAUUAUCUUUGAAUUACUGAAGAGGUGGACGAGAUUGCGGGUCUACAGCUUCUGAAGCUCUCGAACUCGGAUGACAUUAGAGUCAUGGGAUGGCGCAAGAAAGACUCGCAACCAGUGCCGUUCCGUCGAGAAACUAGCAUUAUGCCUCAAAGAAAACAAAUCGAAAGAAGUCCCAGCGCGAUAUUUAAGUUAGUAUGCUAUACGCUGUUCGAUGUUUCUCCUGCCAGCGCAUUCUUGGACAGUUCCGGAGAUGCGAUCAGGGGAUUACCAGCGCUGACUCCUUCGAAGAAACAUUCUCGCGACCCCUCGCAAAAACAUUUAAGAUAUUCCAGUAGUCUUCCUGUCCAACGCUUGUCAGAGACCCAGCAGAAGCUUGGAUGGUCGAAUAGUCUUCAUGUCCAGCGGUCAUCGAGCUCAGACUCGGACGAUUCUAGAGUGGAAAAACACACAAGCAACUCCGACUCUGGUGCUGGAUCUCCAAUACAUGGCGGGGGAAAGCUUUUCAAGGUCUUCAGACGGAAAUCGUCGAAGUCAAAAAUUGACAUACAUGUGGCAAGCCAAUCCAACCUGUCCAGUCCAGAUCGGUCAAAUGGGGACAUAGAUUACAAUGGCGACAUAUCAUCAAAUUCUUUGUUCGAGAUACAAGUCGAACGAAGUGCAGAUAUAAACAGGAAUUAUAAUGACGAAGAAAACUUUUCAGAUCCUCAGUUGGUGCAGCGGCUUGCUUCGGAGGUUGUACUGUUGAGGAAGAGGUUGGAUGAAGGGGAGCAAGAAGUGAAGAAGCUGAAAGACGAGGUAUCUUCUUUACGUUCAAGCUCUGCCAGCAGUCAGGUGGAGUCUCCAAGGAGUGAUAUGGAUAGAGUCAUGAUCUUUCCUGAAAGCUUAGCUUUCGAUAAAUAUGAAGAUUCGAGGAGAGCGAGGUCACAGCCUGGGAGCUCAAGUACGUCUACCUCAGAUAAAUACGAUGGUGAUUCCAAAAAAUACAUGGAAUUCUGCACAUCAGAUCAAGGCCAGCUUGUCAAACUGGUUCACGAAGAACAUCCAAGGUCAAGAGUCAGAACUCCUCAAGUAUCCGAUGACGAGGAGAGCGUAGCCAGCUCUGAGAAUGACGUGAUUUUGGUGAGGAGGUCCUCUUUAUCUGCGGAAGAUUUAGACCACUACACAUCACAGAUCGUGUUUGAGAACCAAAUGAAUAUGUUUCUGUCGGAUGCUACAGCUGCUCUUGGCAAACGUGGAUUCCAGGAAAAUUACGUGCCAAAAUUUCAAUUUUUCGAUAGCCAUUUGCCUGAAGGUGUUGAGCGAAAGUCUAUCGAAGAAACUGAGGAGGAAGCUCGGAAUGCUGGAAUGGAAGUCAAUGAUGAUAGUCGUGGGGUCGACUCCAAGCUUUCUUUAGAGCUGGUGCAAACUGGUGUCACUGGUAGUCAUAAACCACACGUGCAGUCUUUGGGAAUCACUGAUGAAAAAGUUAGCAAUAACGGUACUUCGGUGGUCCUCGUGGAUGAGGAGCACGGGGGACUGAGUGCUGAGAGAACUGACUCCACGGAGCUGCGAGCGGAUUCAGAGUGGUCGUCUCGGGAGUUCGAUGACCAUGUUACCCCGCAGAAAAAGAAGGGUAUGAGCAUCAUGGAGUUCGGAGUUCCUGCUGACCCAGAGAUUGCUGAAAGACGCCGACAAGUACAACUCCGCUUCCAUGACGUGGAAGAGAAGCUCAUGAAGAUUCUUCGCAGUCCGAGGAGAGACUACUCAUCACGGUCCACGAGUUACAGCUCCAGUUCAGCUUCAAGUUCUGGAACCUCAUCUCCUCAGAGUCUGGAAAGUGGGUCGCCACUCGGAUCCUUCAGAGAUUACGAGCACACUUCGGACAAAUUAGGUGACAUUUGUGACAAGGACUGUUACGGAGUCUGCUGUUUUCCCUCUGAGGAAAUUGUCCCCGCUGAAAAAUCCGAUGUGCAGGCGAGUCGGAAGAAUCCUGUCAGAGAUCUUGAUCUGGAACUUUCCUCUCCCAGGGACGUCUUGUUUAGCAACUUGAAAUCAAACUCAUUAGCGAAAACGCGCUCGCUUCCUUCGAUCAGAUCUGAAAUUUGGGAAGAAGAACCGGCCAUGAGUUUCAGUGGAACCCCUGAGGUUUAUUUUCAUCCAGAUCUCUCCAAAGACCUUACGCUCAGCGUCUUGGCUGAUUACCAGCAGCAGAUAGAUUGUGCAGCAGCAGAAGAAAUUUCAUCUGGAGGAGAUCUCUACAGGUACGAGGGCAAGUCUGCUGAAACGGGUGUUGAAGAGAGUGUUGUUGCUCCAGUUCCGGAUGAACAUGCUGUUGUGGCUUAUCCAGUGCAGCAAAGUUCAUCUGGCGACAUGUAUGGUGCUGAUCACGGGAGUUUGAAUGGAGCUCGGCGUACCCGACGUACGAGAUUUGGUGAGGAGGCAGCAAGGUUGGCUUUGCAAAGAUCAUCCAGUGACGUUCCAGGAGGGUCUCGUUAUGCUCAUACUUAUCCAAAGUAAGUGAUGUAGCCGUCAAAAGAGCCCGAGUUGACGUCGUUCAUGCAAAGUUCCCGAGGCAACUGUGAGUCAGUCGGAAGGGGAUGAGCAAUAAGGGGUACAUUGAGAAAUGUACUCAUGAUCUCACCAUCACGUCUUCUGAUUCACUUGCGUGUGUUCAGAAGGCUGAGGUAAUGAAUUUUCCAUGAUUUAUCCGAGACCAUAUUGGAAUUUGUACAUAGGAUGAGCCAUAAGCCAGGUCAGAGCUUGCGAAACUCAGUACUAGCCAGGUAAGCAAUUGUAGAUUAAACAGGACCUAUUAUCAGGCUUUUUACAGGCGCCCUUAAGACUGCUUAGCCCCAGUAAUUGAUAGAACUAGAGAGACAGAUAUUAGAGGUUCUCGAUGCACAAAGUUAACAUCUCCACAACGAGGACAGGAAGCAGUCAGAGUGGCGGUCCAUGGAAGUCCCAUGCAGACAAAACUGUAUCAAAUGGAGCUUAUACAAGAUAAGAUAGAUGCACUGCAGGGCGAAUACAGUAUCUACGAGCGUGUCGAAGGCCGCGAACUACUAGCAUGUAAGCAAUCACCUUGGAAGUUUAGGGGAAUGAAACGAAGUGGACCGUUUUGUGAAUGGGUUACAAGAGUGCUGUACUUAAGAGUCUCAGGCACAUCGAUUCCAUCAUCCCACAUCCAUGUAACACUAGAAGUCGUCGGUAUAAUUUACAGAUACCACAGUCCAGAGUCAUCUCUAUCGAAGUUUUUGUAGACUACUUCGUGUGUAGUAUAGUUCGAUGAACAUGUACGUUAUUUAAAGAGAUUAGGAGGUUAGUUUGAUACUUCAGCUCCCCGAGUACAAGCUAGCUGUCAAUUUUGUUGUAAUUCCGCUGGCAGAACGACCAGCUUUUAAAAACUCAGUUCCUAGAGGUGUGGGGUGGUUGGGAGUCGCAGCGGGUGCAAGUCAUGUAUGUACUACCUGCUUUUCAGAAUAAAAGACAGAAAAGGUCGUAC